GUCGGAUCUUAUCUAGCCUCGGAAAUAAAUAUGUACAUUCGAUGGUUCUCAAGGCUCCCCAAUCUGACGGGUUGCAUUUGGACAAGGCCGUCACGAUUGCAUAUGCAGGUCAGCCAGCCAAUCCGCCAGUGCUACUUGGUGUCUAGGGGCUAUGCAAAUCAGGUUUUCGUAUUGGUUUGGACUGGAAAAGUCAGAAAAGUGCGGUGGGCUCGUAGACCACUUACACUACCCUCUGACAUCCCACGAUACGCCAACGUCAUCGCCCUAAAAAAACGCCUGCUGCGUAAAUGUAACUCUAGGUAGGCAAUAGAAAGUCGCUAAAAAAAAGCACCAUCUUCGUAUUGCCAGUAUUGUCAUAUAGCACUGCGUUUCCCGCCGUGCGCUUUUAUCGAAAUUCUCCUCCCGGUAAUGUAAUCAAUCUUCAAUUCACAAUGAAUUGGCACAGGGGAUCCACGGUGAUCGUAGAGCCUACUCCCGCCAGGCCGGAAGGCCCUGGUAAGAAAUUGCGGAGGAAGCUCCAGAAGAUCGGCGCCCCUCAGCGUUGGUACAAGCCUAACGACCCUAACGACCACAACGACGCCAAGAAACCGGGUGCCACUAUCACCAACGCAGUCAGCAAAGUGGUUCCAGCAACACCUGGUCGUGACGAUGGUAAAUGGCUCGAGCAGCUCCGUAAGAGCGGAUCUCUCUGUCGUGGUCAACUACCUGUGCAGCCUGUCGAGAAGUCACUGCGACACUCUAUGCAAGUCAUUCCCGAAUUUGCGUAUCUCGCCAUCGAUGACACGAAACCGGGAAGACAUCUUGAUAGGAGGGCCUCAUGCGCCAACCCUCCUUCAGCCUCAUCGGUAACGAGAAGAUAUGCGAAGACACCCGUCCAUCAUAUAGGGCAAUUGGAAGGUCGUUCGAGAAGAGAGCAAACGGCGACUCACAGGGUCUCGGGCGUAGAAGAGAUCGCGGAAUCCUAUAGGGCCUUGCUGGAGUCGAGUUGCUCGAUAUUGAACGACACGAACCAAGUUGAACCGUUACGUCUCGGAGAGUCUUACCGUGCUAGCUUAGACAACCAAGCCGUACGGGAAGAUAUCACUCAGGACUUUCCCGAUGCACUGCUUGUGAGGACAUCUCCUCGCUCUGAUGAUGGGACGCUGGUAGCUUCCGAGGUGGAUUCAGUCUCUUUUAAACCUUCAUUUACACCCGAGCUGCCAUCGCCUCGAGAGAUUCAUCAACAAGCACCGGUAGUCCCGCCGCGAAGACGAACAACACCUGGGAGCCCCAGCCUUCAGAUCUGCGUUGACCUACUUGGCCAAGAGCUUUCCUCGGCUGCUAGAGGAUCGGCGUUUCGACCAAAUGCGGAAACGUCAUCAUUACAGGUCUGGGUCAUGAUAGAAGCUUACGAAAGGUUACGAGACAAGAUUUCGGAUAUGCGACUGGACGAAGAUCAGCAACGAUCGUUGAAUACUAUGCUUGAUACAUGGAUCAAGGCGUUAUACGCAGUCCACGGUAAGAUGACGGGGAGCGACGGAAACGAAAGUGAGAGUGACUACGGCGACUAAAUGGAAGCCGGAUUUAUUUAUUUGAGAUUUCGUCGGGGGUUAUUUUUAUUCACGUCACUUGUAAUGAUACAGGCCUGGGCCACGGAGGUCCGAGGACAACGGGUGAUGAUAAAACGGUGUAUAGGAAGAUCUGAUUUUUAACUAAACAGCGGUUUUACAGGACGGAUUGUUCAUUUGGUUUUAGGAUAUGGGGAGAGAAUUUGAUACCUCUGGGAUGACAGAACGGAAUGGGCUUGUGCAAUCAUCUUCCGAAUGGUUAAUGACAUUUUGAUUAAGAAGAUGCUGAAUACAAUCUGCUCUAAAGUGUAUGCGCUGAUCCGCUGGGAGCUACUGAUAAGGCAGAGCUAGAACCCCACAGUGACGUUUUUACACCCGAUAACACUACCUUAAGCAUCUUAUCUUAUCUAAAUGCACUUUUUGGAUCAAACGCGACUCGAC